GCAAAGGCCGCCAUGAUUUUCUUAAAAAAGUUUAAAACUUUUUCUGCGCAAUAAAUCUGUGAACAAGUCGUUUUGCAGCUGAAUCUAUGAUGUGUUAUCAAAGACGAGACUCGAACUCUUGAGAAUGUUGAACAUCAGUGAUGUUGAGGUUCAGCGAGUGAUGGAGAAAGUCAGCCAUGCGGUUGUUCCAAAGCCAUGCACUGCAAGAGAUCUUAUACCAGGGAAGAAAGAUGACUUCAUAGAUUUCUUCCCUCUUGGCCUUGAUCAGCUUGAUAGAGUCUUACAUGGUGGCCUGCCAGCAGGAACCAUCACUGAGAUUGCUGGACCCUCAGGUUGCGGAAAAACUCAGUUCUCGAUAAUGCUAUCCCUCCUUGCUACUCUUCCAAUACAAAAUGGCGGCCUUGAUGGUGGUGUCAUCUAUAUUGACACAGAAUCAGCUUUUAGUGCAGAGAGGUUAGCAGAAAUGGCACAAUGUAGAUUUCCUGAUUUGAUUAACAAUGAGGAGUCCAUCCUGAAAGUUGCAACUCGAGUGCAUGUGUACUUGGAAUCGACAUGUAGCAGUUUAUUUAAAAGGUUACAAAAUUUAGAGGAAGACAUCAUAUCUAAGGGCAUCAAACUCAUCGUACUGGAUUCUGUAGCAUCUUUGGUCCGCAAGGAAUUUGACACAAAGGGUACAAAAAAUAUCACCCAGCGAACAAACCUUUUAGCUCAGGAAGCAGCAAUUUUGAAGUAUCUUGCAGAGUCUUUCAAGAUACCAGUCGUGGUAACCAAUCAGAUUACAACACGGUACGGACAAGGUAAUACAUCUGACGCAGGGAAUGAUGUCAAUCAUGAUAUGUCAGUAAAUGGCAUGUCAAGUAUGGAUGGGGAUGGGGGUUAUGUGACAGCGGCACUAGGCAACACCUGGUCACAUAGUGUUAACACACGCCUCAUAGUGCAGUAUUUAGACAAUGUUAAAAGACAAAUCCUUAUCGCCAAAUCGCCAGUUGCGCCAUUUGCUGCUUUUACUUAUACAAUAGAGGACAAAGGCAUUGUACUGCAAGAGAGUGAUGGCCACCACUAUGAUGGGACUGACCCAGGUUUACAACAUAUUAGAGUAAAGUCUGCAAUACAGCAAGACAUUCUCUCCUAAGUACCCCCACCUUAUCCUGUGAAGACACUGCCCUGUGAUUCCUGGGAUUUCUUCCAGUUUCAGUGCCAUCUUUAUUGUUUACCCCAGUGCAGUGUUUGUAUUGACUUGAAAUACAAUGGCACAACCAAAUGAUCAAACACAAUGGCACAACCAAAUGUUGGACCUUCAAUUUGCCCAAUUAGUGCUAACAUAUUUAGUAGCAUGUACAUCAUAAAAGAUUCUAGAAACGUUGAUAUAACACAGGCGUUGGAAGUGAGGGGCGUGCACAUGCUAAAACAUCUAUUUCGCACUUUUAAUCCACUUCAGCGGGGGAUUAUUUCCAUGUUAAAAGCCUUCAGGAGCUAGUGGGCAGACUAGUCCCGUACCCCCUGACAAAUAUUUAAAGUGCCAAUGCAGAUCAACCUCAUUUGGUGGAAAGUAGCCUACACCAUUGACUGAGCCACAUUGAUGAAACUGAGUUAUGUGCCAAUCCUGUCAAAGUGACUAAUGGACCUUUUAAAGAUUAGAAAAAUAGAAGUGAAUAGAACGGAAUUGCUAUAUAACAUAUAUAACUUAUAUUUACUGGACAGUUGUGUUAAAGGCCUUACAUGAAUGGCAUUUAAAUUCACUAAAUCCAUUUUCCAAAUGAAAAAGUUUAAAACAUUCAAUUAUAUACACUUCAGGUGACGUCAAUUUUUGAUCAAGAUUAUCAUAAAUAGUUGACAAUGAUUCAAAUCAUGUUCCUAUAUCUGUUAUGGUGUCUUUCAAGCAGAGAUAUUACAUAAUACCUGGCCCAAGUUAGGUAUAAGUGUACCUUCCUCCUUAAAAUUUGACAUUAAGUCUUGUUUUGUAUCGUUAAUAAGUAUAUGAGGGUCUUGCCUUAUGGGAAAUGAAAUGUUUUCAAAUGGGAUGCUGUAUUCUGGCUCAGUGGUCAUUGUCAAUGGUCAUCAAAAUUGCUUUUUAACAUCUUGCCUUAAAUAAGAAGCUGACCAAAUAUGCACAUACAGUUUCCCAUAUUCCAAACUUAUGUUUUCAUUGGGGUUCAGGCACUAAAUCAAAAUUUACAACUACCUUGCUACAUGUGGUCUGAGUUAGUGCAUUUUCAUAAAUUUAAUCUGAUGCCAAUGAAUUGCAUUUCUCAAAUCCCAGUGCUGUUUUGUAUUAUGGUCAAGCAGUUUGACAGAAAUUAGAAAUCUUCACAAUAAAUUUCAAUUUUUGUCUCAGAGGAUAUGGUUAUUGUUAAGAUAUAUGGUACUUCAUCAAUGUUCCUGUCAUUAAUGUAGUAGAAUUUCGGGGAAAUGUGACAUGUCCAAAUUUUAUAUUUGGGUUUCUUUAGUACACAUGUCAAAGCACAUCACAAAGAUAACAUCACAUUGCUUGAGAAUGUCAUGAUUUCGUACAUGGGAGAUUUUAAUUAUCUCCUUGUUUAUAUAUAUUUGAAUGUUAUUACUAUUGUGAACUUUGUCGAAAUGGACACAAUAUUUUCUUAACAUAUUAUUAUAAGUUUUAUAAAAACAAGUUUAGUCAUUUUUAGACCCUGUUGAAUUUUAAUCACGGUUUGUUUUUAGAGAAGUAUGAUUUUAAAUCACUUACCACUCACAAUUGUUAUUCUUAAAGAGUACAUUGACCUAUUGAAAUACAUAAAAUUUGUUUUAAAAAGCUGUAAAUCUUUUUUCUAGUGACUUUAAAUCAAGAAUAAAGUGGUUUAUGAUCCAAAUG